AUGAGCAUUAGGACCCCACCCACACUCCUGCAGCUGGCAGGGGAGAGCCUCCUGAGGGACCAGGCCUUGGCCAUCGCAGCUCUGGAGUACCUGCCCGCCGAGCUCUUCCCGCAGCUGUUCAUCCAGGCCUACCGUGGUAGACAUCUCCAGGUCCUGAAGGCGAUGGCACAAGCCUGGCCCUUCACUGUCCUCCCUCUGGGGAGCCUGAAACGGCCACCUCCAGUCCAGGUCUUCAAAGCCGUGUUGGAUGGGCUUGACCUUCUGCUUGCCCAGGAAGUUCGCCCCAGGAGGUACAAACUGCGGGUGCUGGAUCUAAGGGACAGGGAUUCUGACUUCUGGAGAAUGUGGUGUGGAGACAGCACCCAGAAGCACUCACCGAUGGUACCAGUGGCUGUGCACAGGUCCAGCCCCAACAAGGAGCACCCCUUGGCUCCAGUGGAGGUGUUUCUAGACCUUAACUUCAAUGAAAGGGACAAGGACGAGUUUCUCAUGUACGUCAUCCAAUGGGCCCAGCAGAGGGAAGGGCUGGUACACCUGUGCUGCAAGACGCUGAGGAUUGCUGCGGUGCCUUUCUACAGGGUGAGGCAGGUCCUGGAUGCCGUGCAGCUGGACUGCAUCCAGGAGUUAGUACUGAACUGCACCUGUGACCUGACCACCCUGGAGAUGUUUGCUCUUUAUAUGGGGCAGAUGAAGAACCUGCAGAGACUAUUUCUCUCCCACAUCCAUGUGUUGGUUGAAGAAGAGCAGGAUUGGGGAGAGGAAGGGGAGCAGGAUUGGGGAGAGGAAGGGGAGCAGGAAUGGGAAGAGGAAGAGGAGCAGGAUUGGGAGGAGGAAGAGGAGCAGGAGAGGGAGGAGCAGGAGUUGCAGAUAUCCUUUUCCCAGUUCUUCUCUCAGAUGCUCAGCCCACUGCACCUCCGUGAGCUGGACCUGGAUUCACCCUCCUUCCUCCGAGACCGUCUGGACCAGAUGCUCAGGUGCCUGCAGACCCCCUUGGAAAAACUCACCAUAACAAAUUGCCAGAGCCUAACCCAUUCAGACCUAACACACCUGUUCCAGUGCCAGAACCUCAGGCAGCUGAAGUCCCUGCGUCUGUAUUGUGCCAGCCUCGCUGAUUUUAGUCCUGAGCCCCUCCGAGCUCUGCUGGAGGCAGUGGCACCCAACCUCCAGGUCCUGGGCCUUGAUAAGUGUGCCAUGGUGGACUCCCAAGUCGAGGCCAUCCUGCCUGUCCUGAGCCGCUGUCACCAGCUCAGUUUCUUCACCAUCUCUGAGAACCGCCUGUCCUUGGCCACCGUGGGGAAGCUGCUGCGCCACACAGCUGGGCUGCAUAGCUUAGAGCUGGAGCUGUAUCCUGUCCCCCAGGAGUGUUACACGACCCAGGGCACUGUCAACAUGGAGAGGCUUGCCCUGGUCCGGGCUGAGCUGACAGGAGUACUGAGGGAGUUAGGAACGACCAGGAUGAUCCUGCUUGCCGCCAAACACAGAGGCCACAGGGAGGUUUAUGCUGUGCCCCUGUAA